CCAGCAUCCUGCGUCAAUGCAAGCCGCAAGGCAAAGGCACAGUUUUCAUUGGCUAGAUAUACCAUUUGGCGAAGGGGCUGAGAGCUGAGCUAUGCAUGAUAUCGGAGUCGAGAGGGCGAUGCACAUGUUACCCCUGAAAUGUCGUGGUUUUCCCUGCCGCAUCAUUGCGAUUCACGGCCUGGGGGGCGAUAAGUUUGGAAGCUGGACCAGUCCGUCAGGCAACGGUGCAUUGUGGAUUAGGGACUUCCUCAAGGACAGUUUCCCUCGAGCGCGAAUAUUCACGUACGGAUAUGAUGCCGGGAAGGCGUGGCUCAGCAAUUCGGUUGCGACCAUUGAGGAUGCCGCAAAGGAUCUCCUCGCUCGUCUACAGAUCGAACGUGAUGGUCUUCCCUUGAACCGUCCGAUAGUCUUCAUCUGCCACAGCCUUGGGGGCAUCGUUCUCAAGACGGCGCUCCUGGAGGCAAGCGACCGACGCCGCCACUUUGAGUUCCUCCUCGAUGCCCCGAAGGGAGUAGUGUUCAUGGGGACGCCGCACUUGGGUUCGCCUGUGGCCACAGCACUAAAUCUCCUUGUCAGGGUUCCUGGAAUCGCUAGGAACCUGAGGUUGAAUGUCGCGCUGCUUGCGGACCACUCCCUUGAACUGGACAGACUCUGUGAACGGUUUGUGGAGCAGGCCGCAGACCUCAAGUUCAUCCUGUCGUUCUAUGAGACCCAACACCACCCAAUCUUAAGGCAGCUGAUUGUCAACAAGCGUUCCGCAACGAUGCGUCUCUCUCACGAAGAUCGGAUACCGCUAGCAGCUGAUCAUCACCUGCUUUGCAAGUUCGAGUUAUCGACCGACCCUAGAUUCACGCUGGUUCUGGGGCAGUUGAAGAUGAAGAUCAACCGGAUGCUCUUGGCCGCUGGGUCCGCUAGGCCCAGUAUGGAGUCUGAUGUGCCCAUGGCAUCGCCGAGUCGCUACGAUGGAAGCCGCCCGACACCUUCCGAUAGACCUUCUCCAGCGCUAGGCUCAGGCCCAUCUCCCACACCAUCUGCAUCUUCAAUGUCUAGACCGCCGGUUUCGCCAAAUCCCAGUCUAGCUUUACAGUACCCUGUUACGCCCCCGGCUUCCAAUACCCUUCCUCCGCCACAACCUCGAAACUUCACCUUUCUUGCUGCUCAACCCCAAACCGAGGCCCCAACUCUUUAUCAGAACCCCCAGCUUUCCCGUUCUUCAUCAAGCUUCGGAUCAUAUCUCGCUUCACCCAGCGCCAACAAUGCUGCGAGGUCAUGGGAUGGCCAAGUGCAAAGCACAAGUCAACCGGCACAGAGUCCAGGGCCAGGUCAAGGUCUAUCACACCAAAUGGAACGAGCAGACAAGCAUUUUCGGGAUGGCAACUUCCGGGAGGCUAUCGACUACUAUCGCUGCGCUCGUACGUUGCUAGAACAACCGGGUGUUGCGAGCUGUCAUCCUGGGCAGCUGUUUGUCGUGUAUGACCAGUUAGCGCGAUGCUGCUUGAAUCUCUGCAAUAUGUCGGCAGCCUGUUCAUCAUGGGAAAAAGCGAGAACGUACCUCACGAUAGCGCGGGACUACGCUGGGCAAAGUUUGGACCACGUUGGUAAUCAACGGGUGGAUUUCAAGUUCUGCAGGGCACGGAUGACAUACAUUGCUUUGGACAUCAUGGAAACUGAGAUGAAAAGCCCGAAUUUUCGUUUAAGUAAUGAAUCUGUAGCGAGAUUUGCCAACGAGAUGAGCUUGCUGGAGGAGGAGUUGGCGAGUCUACGGGCGCAAGGAUACGACGUUGAGGACCUCCUUGCUGGACUCAGAGAUCUCAAGAGGGCAAAGUUGUCGUCAUCUUAGUAUUGUUUCUGUGCAUUAGUCGCAGCAGCCAUUUUAGGUGAAGUAGUCAUUCAAGUUACAG